GUGAAUUACAGAAAGUGACUCCCAGAGCAUCUUGGCUCUAUGAACUCUUGAGCUGUCAAGGGACUGAGAGGCUUAUGAAGAGGUUCUGUCAGGCAAAACAGUGCUUAGCAAAGACACCAAGGAGGAGGGAAAAGGAGAAAGGGUGGGAGAGAGAGCUGAAACACUAACAAACCAUGAGAUCUAUCCGAUCUUUUGCUAAUGAUGACCGCCAUGUAAUGGUGAAACAUUCAACCAUUUAUCCAUCUCCAGAGGAACUUGAAGCUGUCCAAAACAUGGUAUCAACUGUAGAAUGUGCCCUUAAACAUGUCUCUGACUGGAUGGAUGAAAAGAACAAGUCUACCAAAUGUGAAGGUGAUGUGGAUGCAAAGGAGGAAGCUGCAGAAAGCAGUGCCAAGGAUCAAGGCGGUCGGACGUUGUGUGGUGUUAUGAGAAUUGGCUUGGUUGCAAAGGGCUUGCUGAUAAAAGAUGAUAUGGAUCUGGAGCUGGUUCUCAUGUGCAAAGAAAAACCCACAAAGACCUUGUUAUGUGUAGUUAAAGACAAUCUCCCAGCUCAAAUUCAGAAACUUACAGAAGAGAAGUAUCUCGUGGAGGAGCAUGUAAAUGAGGCAGCUAUUAUUAUUCGUAACACAAAGGAGCCCAAGCUAACUUUGAAGGUGAUACUUACGUCCCCUCUCAUUCGAGAUGAAGCAGAGAAGAAGGAAGGAGUAGAUAAUGUUGCGAUGAAAGAUCCUCCGGACUUAUUGGACAGGCAGAAAUGCCUGGAGGCCUUGGCGUCUCUGCGGCACGCCAAAUGGUUUCAGGCCAGGGCAAAUGGACUAAAAUCAUGUGUAAUUGUCCUUCGUAUUCUGCGGGAUUUGUGCAACAGAGUCCCCACAUGGGCACCACUGAAAGGAUGGCCGCUCGAGCUUAUAUGUGAAAAAUCUAUAGGUACGUGUAAUAGACCUUUGGGCGCUGGGGAAGCGUUGCGACGAGUGAUGGAGUGUUUGGCAUCCGGAAUUCUGCUUCCCGGAGGCCCUGGCCUGCAUGAUCCCUGUGAGCGGGAGCCAACAGAUGCGUUGUCUUACAUGACAGUUCAGCAAAAAGAAGCCAUUACACACAGCGCUCAGCAUGCCCUCAGAUUAUCAGCCUUUGGUCAGAUCUAUAAGGUUUUGGAAAUGGAUCCCCUCCCAUCAAAUAAGUCAUUUCAGAAAUAUUCCUGGUCAGUAACUGACAAAGAAGGUACAGGCUCAUCUGCUCUUAAGAGACCGUUUGAAGAUAGUGUCGGCGAUGAUAAAGAUCCAAAUAAAAAGAUGAAGCGUAAUCUGAGGAAAAUACUAGAUAGUAAAGCAAUAGAUCUCAUGAAUGCUCUGAUGAGGCUGAACCAAAUCAGGCCAGGGCUUCAGUAUAAGCUGCUGUCACAGUCUGGUCCAGUGCACGCCCCAGUCUUCACAAUGUCUGUAGAUGUUGACGGUACGACGUACGAAGCAUCAGGACCUUCUAAGAAAACAGCCAAGCUCCAUGUGGCAGUGAAGGUUUUACAAGCGAUGGGAUAUCCAACUGGUUUUGACGCAGAUGUGGAAUGUGUGAGUUCCGAUGAAAAAUCAGAUACUGAAGGUAAAAACGAAACAACAUCUUCAAUCUCAAGCAAUAAUACUGGAAAUUCCACAGCCGACACCUCCGCUACCCUAGAGGUAAGAACUCAGGGUCCUAUACUCACAGCAAGUGGCAAAAACCCAGUGAUGGAGCUCAAUGAGAAAAGAAGAGGUCUGAAGUAUGAGCUCAUCUCGGAGACAGGUGGAAGCCAUGACAAGCGCUUUGUGAUGGAGGUAGAAGUAGACGGGCAGAAGUUCAGAGGGGCAGGCCCAAAUAAGAAAGUAGCAAAAGCAAGUGCUGCACUAGCAGCACUUGAAAAAUUGUUUUCUGGGCCUAAUGCAGCAAACAACAAGAAAAAGAAGAUUCUUCCUCAGACUAAAGGGGUUGUCAAUACAGCGGUUUCAGCAGCAGUCCAGGCUGUUCGAGGCAGAGGACGCGGUGCUUUAGCACGAGGGGCAUUUGUUGGGGCAGCUGCUGCUACUGGAUACAUAACACCAGGCUACGGAGCACCGUAUGGCUACAGUACAGCUGCACCAGCUUACGGUUUACCCAAGAGAAUGGUUCUGUUACCAGUUAUGAAAUUCCCAACUUAUCCUGUUCCCCACUACUCAUUCUUUUAGCAAAUGGCAGAAGCUAAUUCCCAUUGAUUGAACACCACAGUACAGUACAGAAUGUUAGAAGAAAAAAAGCCUUUUUAUCCUGUUUUCUUUGAACACAUACUUGAGCAAAGUCAUUUGUAAAGAAACAUCUUUUUCCUACUUUUUGAUUUUAACAAAAUGCAAAUUUAGUUCUCUAAAACUUGAAAAACUGUUCUGUGAAAUGUUACCUCAUUUUCAAAUAACUUAUACCAGCCUUCUGUUAUAGGGAAGAACUAGAAGCUUAAAUCUUACGUUUUAAAUGAAGUAUCCGAUUAUGUAAAAUUAAAUUUGUGAAGGAUGUAUAGAAUAUAAAACACUGAUCACAAAUAAACUGUUUUGUUGUAACACAAGAGUACUGCCUGUUUCCUAAUGCAGUCACACAGAUCCAGUUAACAACCUUUACUCGUUGUAGGGUUAUUAAUGCAGGGCAUAGUUCUUU